AGCGGAAGUCCCGCCCAUUCUGGGCGAAAGCUUCCGGCUCUAAUUGCUUGGGCCCUAUGCUGACGCAGGGGAGCUAGCGGUGCCGGAAUGGUGCUGCUGGAGAGCGAGCAGUUCCUGACGGAGCUGACCAGACUCUUCCAGAAGUGCCGGUUGUCGGGCAGCGUGUUCAUCACACUGAAGAAGUAUGAUGGUCGAACUAAACCCAUUCCAAGGAAAGGUUCUGUAGAGGGCUUUGAGCCCUCAGACAACAAGUGUCUGUUAAGAGCUACUGAUGGGAAAAAGAAGAUCAGCACUGUGGUGAGCUCCAAAGAAGUGAACAAGUUUCAGAUGGUUUUCUGGUCGCCUUUGAAGCAGAUGGCAACAUGAAUGACCGGCAUUCUGACAAGAGGACCUGCAGCAAAGCAGUCACAGCAGUUCCCUUUCAUGCAGACACUGCUAGGAGUUACCUGGGUGAUGAAAAUUUUAAGUGGGACAGCUACUCCUGGCAAUGCUGUGUUUUGUUAUUGACAAAUUGUGACUGUGAUUCAUAGUCCUGAACAAGAUUUACUGAUAUCAAGUGCAGUUCUGACAUAAUGGUUUAUCAGCCAUCAAACCUCAACAAGACAAUAAAAUGUGUCACUUUAAACCCCUUGAAUUUUAACCCAUAUUGAAACCUGCACUACUUUAGCAAUAACUUACUUUUUUUCCACUUUGAUCUUAUAAAUUUCAUCACAGACUAAUUUGAGGUAUCUCUGCUUUGGCAGGCGUGACAGCAGCUGCUUCACGGUUGUGUUAAAUGCCUGUGCGUCAGCAUCCCACUGGGAAAAAAAGAGAUAAGACUUGGUAACAGCUACUAAUGUUUAUUAACUGGCUUUUCCUGGGUCACUGAUGAAAUGCCAGUGCCAUCCCCCCGUGUACUGAAAAUAAAACCAGUUAUAGAUAGAAGUGGUGGGGCGACUGCUGGGGUUCUUCCUUUGAAGCAUCAAUUUUCUUUACAGCAAGACCCCUUAUUAGAUCCUGAUUAGCAAAGCUGCAGCCGCAGUGUGCUACUGUGACUUUAGACCAGUUAUUUCUGCCCAUUCAUUUUGUGGAAAAUGGAAAUAACACCUCUGUGCCUCCAUCUGAGUGGCUCAUAAAGCAGUAAUAGCCAGCACAGUGGUAUAUAUGCUUAUUUACAAGACCACAAUAGAAAAUGUAGGAAAUGUUACUUCUGGGGCAAAGUUCAUUUAUUUCAUCUAAUUUAAUCGAAAUGCUCUGGAUAGACAAAGUAUUCUUUAAUAGGAUGUUAAAAAAUCCUCUGCAGCUGUGAUUAUAAUUCAUUAUCUUUGCUAUUAAGAAUGCUUAUUCACGCAGCAUGAACACUACAUCAAAAACUAAUGAAGUACUGUACGGUGACUAACAUGAUAAAAAAAAUGCUUAUUCAAACUUUUUAAAGUUACUAGGCUAUUUGAUAAGAAGGCUACCCAUAAAGAACUUUUUAAAUCCAGUAUGGUUAACACGCAGUAUUAUUAGUUUCAGGUGUACAAUACAGUGAUUCAGUAAUUCUGUGUAUUUACUCCCUGUUCAUCAUGAGAAGUGUACUCUUUAAUCCCCAUCACCUAUUUACCUAUCCCCCCACCCACCUCCCUUCUGGAAAUCAUCAGUUUAUUCUCUAUAGUUAAGAGUGUUUCUUGGGGUGCCUGGGUGGCUCAGUCGUUGAGCGUCUGCCUUCGGCUCGGGUCAUGAUCCCAGGGUCCUGGGAUCGAGUCCCACAUCGGGUUCCCUCCUCGGCGGGAGGCCUGCUCUCCCUCUCCCACUCCCGGGGCUUGUGUUCCUGCUCUCGCUGUCUCUGUCUCUGUCAAAUAAAUAAAUAAAAUCUUAAAAAAAAAAAAGAGUGUUUCUUGGUUUGUCUUUUUAUUCCUUUGCUCAUUUUGUUUCUUAAAUUCCACAUAUGAGUGAAAUCAUAUGGUAUUUGUCUUUCUCUGGCUUAUUCCACUUAGCAUUCUAGUCUCUAGCUCCAACCAUGUUGUUGCAAAUGGCAGGAUUUCAUUCUUUUUUAUGGCUGAAUAACUUUCCAUUGUGUGUGUAUAUAUAUGUGUGUAUGUGUAUGUGUAUACACACACCCAUCCCCACAUCUUUAUCCAUUCAUUUAUCAGUGGACAUCUGGGCUGCUUCCAUAAUUUGGCUAUUGUAAAUAAUGCUGCUAUAAACAUAGGGGUGCGUGUAUCUCUUUGAAUUAGUGUUUUGUAUUUUUUGAGUAAAUACCCAGUAGUGCAAUUACUGAAUUGUAGAGUAGCUCCAUUUUUAACUUUUUGAGAAACCUCCAUACUAUUUUCCACAGUAUUUGCACCAGUUUGCAUUCCCACCAACAGUGCACUAGGGUUCCUAUUUAUUUCUCCACAUCCUCUCCAACACUUGUUGUUUCUUGUGUUGUUGAUUUUAGCCAUUCUGACGGAUGUGAAGUGAUAUCCCAUUGUAAUUUUGAUUUGUAUCUCCCUGAUGAGGAGUGAUGUUGAACAUCUUUUCAUAUGUCUGUUGGCCAUCUGUAUCCUUUCAUGUCUUCUGCCCAUUUUUAAUUGGAUUAUUUGUUUUCUGUGCUACCCACAAAAAAUUUUUAUAUAAUGACCUCAGUUUUUACAAAAAUAUCUUCCAUAUAGUUCUAGAUCUAUAUAAGCUUCCCUAGUUGAAAUGAAGGUCUGAGGCAGCAUUGUAUAGUAGUUAGGAAUACAGAUUCCCCUAGCCUGCCUAAGUUCAAAUCCUGGCUCUGCUAGCAUUACUAGUAGGUUGACCUUGAGUAAGAUAUUUAACGUCUCUUCCAUACUCCAUAAAAUGUAAAAUGCUUUGGCUUCCGUUUAUCUAUAUAAUGGGCAUAACGGUAGCUACCUCUCGAGGUUGUUAUGAUUAUGCUUAGAGCAAGGCCUGCCAGAGCCUGACACACGAUAAAUGUACGAGGUGUUAAAAUAAUCUCUGAAACUUAGAAGUCACUAGAAAAGUAUGAUUCUCUCAAAAUCUGAUUUAGUAAUAUCUAUGUCACAUAAAAGGAACAAUAAUUAAAUUCCUGGAACUGCCCAAAAGUAUCACUAAGAAAAUAAUGCCAUUUUCAGUUAUGUUUUGGCAAAUUAACAGCAAAACUUUGGAAUUUUAAAGGCCCCAAUGCACAAGAGCUCAUCUUGCUUACCUCUAAUGAUAAAAACUGUAAGAUUGUUUCUUUGGGUAGAUCCACCUGUUGAUACACAAAGAUGUAUGUCAUCUGUCAGGGGACCUAGGCAGCACAUACUGACUUGUCACAAUAGUGUCACCCUGGAUGGAGCAACAUGCAGCCGGGCUUGCAGAGUCUGGGACGCUGCUGUGCUCUAUCAAAUCGGGCACACGUACGGGAACCGCGGAGAGGUAAGAUGUCAACGCUGGUGGACAGAUUCCCUCAGAGGCUUGCUGUUGCUGCCAUACUCCAUGGAUUUUUAAUAAGGCAAAAGUCUGAAGCAUUUUAGAAAAAUGGUGAUUUUGGUUUUGACUCACCCUGCGCCCCAUCUUUCAGAGGAAGAAAACAGGAGAAACAAAUACAAAACCUUUCAUUUUCUCCCCCGUUUUUACAGAUUUAGAUUACAUGUGGUUCGCAUCAGUGAUAAAAGGUCUGCAUCCCCAUACUGUGCACAGGGAGCAAAAAUGCCCUGACCUCUGAGGAAAUGACUUUGAUGACAGGGACACAGGCAGUCCUCAAAACGUUAAAGAGAGCAACUUACAGCCAAAAUUUCAAUUUCACUGCUUUUCUGAUGUAAGUUGGCAAGGGAGGCCUGAAGUCGUGUUUGUACCUAAACAAGAAGACGACUUGUCAGAAUUCAGAACCUGUCAACACAAACCAUCUUUCUUGCCAUUUUAUUUCCUAUUGUAGUAAACAAUCACGAGUGACAAACUAAGGCCUAGAAGGGCUCCCAAAGCUUAUCUAAGGACUUGAAAAGAUGAGUGCCCAGCCUCUCCUGAUCUCGAGAUUUUAUAGCCUGAUUUUAGAUUUUAUUUAUUUAUUUGACAGAGACAGCUAGAAAGGGAACACAAGCACGGGUAGUGGGAGAGGGAGAAGCAGGCUCCUGGCUGAGCAGGGAGCCCGAUGCGGGGCUCGAUCCCAGGACCCUGGGAUCAUGACCUGAGCCGAAGGCAGACGCUUAACGACUGAGCCACCCAGGCGCCCCUAUAGCCUGUUUUGAUAAUUUAAUAACCCACCUACUUAUUUCUUUAUAAUUUUAAAAUGACACCUAAAACCUCAGAGCACUGAAACUGCAUGUGGAAGCAUGGGGAUUUUGGUAUUAAGCUAAAUUUGGAAAAAGGGGAAGGUGACAUCAAUGAGGACAUGGAACUGAAAUAUGGUAAUAGAUGAAUGCAGCAGAAAGAUGUCAAAAUAAGUUGCCAUCCACUAUACUGAGAAACAGCUAGGAGUGCAUACAAAAAUGAGGUAACUUAAUCUUUUGUAUUUCAAUCUAAUCACAUUUAUUUUAAAGAUUUAUUUAUUAGAGAGAGAGCAGCAGACUCUGCUGAGUGUGGUGCCUGGCUCGGGGCUUGAUCUCAAACCCUGAGAUCAUGACUUGAGCUGAAAUCAAGAGUCAGGAAACAACCGACUGAGCUACGCAGGUGCCCCUCUAAUCCCAUUUCUAAAUAAUGACUGCUCUAACACCCACUUGCCAAGUGAGGCCAGUGUCCUGACUGAGCUCAUUAGCUGGAGGAUUGCCCUGAUCUUUCCUCCCUAUUUAAAUCCUUCAGGGAUCCCCCUCCAGGAAACCUUCAUCUAUCAUCCAAGCAGACACUGAUCUCCACCCUGCCCCUAUGUCCAACACUCACCUUCAGUGUAUCUAAUUCAGCAUUCUGUUAUUGCUCUUCUGUUGUUCUCUAACUGUAUACUACAUAUGCUUCUAAGGUUAAAAGCUCCUUGAGGAUUGGGGCGCCUGGUGGCUCAGAUGGUUAAGCGUCUGUCUUUGGCUUGGGUCAUGAUCCCGGGGUUCUGGGAUCAAGCCCCACAUUAGGCUCCUGGCUGGGCAGGGAGCCUGCUUCUCCCUCUCCUGCUCCCCCUGCUCAUGAUCUCUCUCUCUCUCUCUGGAUCUCUGUGUCUCAAAUGAACAAAUAAAAUCUUAGGGGAAAAAAAAAAAAACUCUGAGGAUUGGGGCCAUGCCA